UCAGAUUCUAGUUCCCAAAAAGAUUGGUGCAACCAAACCUUUACCCGUCAGUUUGAGACCGUGUAUUUCUACUGGUACACAACUUUUGGAAAUAAAAACUGUAUCUGGACCUUUGACCCACCUACCCCAGGAAGCUACCUGUUUUAUGCUCAGCAUAAAUAGGGUGAACUUCCGUAACCAAUCAAAGGAUAAAAAUCUACUAUAUGUGCAGCUACCGGACAACCUGGAAAAAAUCAAGAGCAAUGUUACAAUUCCAGAACAUUCGUGUCGUAUCUACAGCAAAUCUGUAGAGUAUGUUUACUCUCCCAAGUCAUGGGCGCCAAGUGAAUGCAACACCACAAUUGUAAUUAAAGAGUGGCCACCUCGAAUUAAAAUGAAAAUUUAUGAUACGCGAAUGCUUUUAAAUUACGCAUUUCUAGACUGCCAAAAGACGACAAACAACACUUCAGCAAACCUGUCAGAGGAAUUCACUGUCGCUUUUUCUUGUGCAAUUGCAUUCGGUGCUUUACUUGUCUUUAUAUUGACCGUUGAGUGUGUUCUAUUUGUGAGGAAUCGUCUGCCGAGCACGACUGACGCUGUUGCAGAAGUAUGUAGUACCGCGGAAAUGGUGUAUAAUGAGAUAUACAACCAAUAUAAUGGACAUGAAGUAUAGAUCAGUAACACAGCACACAACAAUGCGGUCAAAAAGUCAGCCAAUUUUCUGCAAGCUUUUGAUUAUUGUAAAACCCACAGUGAUGAACGUAAUCAUAUAUAGUAGGGUGGGGUAAUGCGGGACAUCAUUUUAUAUUCUAAUUUCUCGUCCGCAUUUGGUGGUAAACAAGGAAAACUCAAAGAAUUAUAAAACCGUAUUUUAACGACUCCGAUAGACCAUUGUUUAUUGUUUAAAACACGAUCAGGGUAUUUGGAUAUCAUGUGCUAUAGAUGUCUCAUCUUAUCCCACAGUACUAUACUUCGUUCGUAUUGUGCCGACUGCCAGAUGCUCUCUUCUUUUACCAUCUUCUACUAAUUUGAGCUGCGCGGUUUGAAAGAGAUAAAGAAUUGUAAUAAUUAUAUGUUAAUUUAAAAAAAAAUAGGUGACAUACGUGUGUAAAUAUGUAGCCUACUACCUUAUUUUGUUGUUGACACAAAAAGUUUGUUUUAUAUAUUAAAACAGUUUCCCUUUA